AUGCCCCCGAGUGCUGCCCCGACUGCUUCUGAUCCUGCUGGGCCUUCCGACACCAGCAGCGCCUACACGAGGUUGCACAUUACUCCUUUCGACCAGGACCUCUUGAAAGUCGUCAUUCCUUCUGCGAUCCUACGCAGCGCCCGGAACAUCUCCUUCCAUACAAUCGAAACCUUCCCCGACAAGCGUUUCGGCUUCGUCGACGUGCCCGAGGCCGACGCUGAGAAGAUUAAAAAGAGGCUGAACGGCGCCGUGCUGAAGGGCUCCAAGAUGCGCAUCGAUAAGGCCCGCCCCGCUGAGGACUACAUGCCUGUGGCUGAGAGCGAAGAGACCGGCAAGAAGCGGAAGAAGUCAUCCAAGGAAAAGGAGGAGAGAAAGAGGCAGAAGCGCGACGAGAAUGUCCUCGAGGGCGUUGAGCUCCGCGACCGGAAGGUCAAGCGGGGUUGGACCGUUCCCGAGGAGGCCAAGAUAAGGGAGAAGAAGAGCAAAAAGGAAAAGGGAGAAAAGAAGGAGAAGAAGGACAAGACAAAGAAGCGGGAGGAGCGGUCAAAGUACACGGACAGGGAGGAAUGUCUGCUGAAGACGAAGCUGCCUGCGAAGCAACUCCCGGCGGCUGCCGACCCCGAGGACGAACCUGAUCGCAAGAAACGCAGGAAGAAGGCCAAGGAGGUUGUCAUUCAUGAGUUUGAGAAGACGACAAAGUUCCCCACCUUCCUCAAGGCCGCUAAACCUGCACCGACUGAGAACCUCACCACCGAAUUUGUCGAAGGGAAAGGAUGGGUCGAUACCCAAGGGAACCUGAUCGAAUCGGCCAAGACUAGGAGAACGGCCACGGCGCCGGCCCCCGAAUCCAAGUCCUCCAAGCCAUUGAAAAAGGCAAAGGCUCCCACUCCGCCGCCGCCUGUGGACGAUGAUACUACGAGUAGCAGCGGCACCUCGUCCGACGAGGAUACGUCUUCGGACGAGAGCUCAGAUGAGGAGGCCGAGCAGGUCAAUGUCACGGAGAAAGUCAAGGCCACGGAGAGCGUCAAGGCGGCACCGGUGACGCCUGCGAAGCAAACGCCAAAGGCACAGGCUGCAGAUGAUGAUGACACUAGCAGCAGCGAUUCAUCAUCAUCCGAUGACGACAGCUCUGAUUCGGACGAGGAGAGGGCCGAGACCACAAAGGUUUCUGUGCCCGCCAUCGUCGACAGUCCGUUGUCUGCAAUUAAAGCUGCCGACGCAACGCGGCCCAGAUCCGCUGCAUCCAACGUCAGUCUCACUAUCAAGAUACCACCAUCGACUCCAGCCCAAGUCCACCCUCUGGAGGCUCUCUACAAGCGUCCAAAGCAAGACGGCAACGCAGCUGCCGGCCCCGCCAAAGAAGCCGAACCCUUUAGCUUCUUCGGCAGCGGAGGUGACGACAUUGAGGAAGACGAGGACGUCGCAGCAUCCAGCCAAAUGCCCAUGACGCCAUUUACCGCACAGGAUGUCGAGUGGCGCAACGUCAGGAGCGCGGCGCCCACGCCUGAUACGGCGCAUCCGAACCACACGAAGCCAUUCUGGGCCAUUGGCAAUGAGGGAGAGGAGGAGGAAGACGAGGAUGAGGAGACGCGGGAGGAGAUUGAGGCGACGUUGAACGCGGAGCGGAACGCCGAUCCGGAGGGCAGCAGCGGGCCCGGAGGCGAUUUCCAAAAGUGGUUCUGGGAGAAUCGGAGAGACCUGAACCAGUCGUGGAUGAAGCGCCGCAAAUCGGCGGCCAAGGAGAGGCGGCACCGCGACAAUAAGUCGCGCGCCUCCAAGGCUGUGUAG